AUGUCUGGCGAAGGAUGGUUGUUUCUCUUCGCUGUGCUGCUCUCUGCAGCUCUGCUAUUUACCAUGGUGUUCUACAUCAUCAUGUUCUCUGAUCUAGAAUGCGACUACAUUAACCCUAUCGACCUUUGCAACAAGCUCAACCAGUUCACCCUUCCCGAGAUGGCCGCUCAUGCUGUAUUAACGGUAUUCUUCCUGCUAAGCGGACAAUGGCUGGCAUUCAUUCUCAAUGCUCCUUUAGUGGCAUUUAAUGUGAAUAAAGUGAUGAACAAGAAUCAUAUGUUGGACGCAACGGAAAUCUUUAGAACGCUAUCGCUGCACAAAAAAGAAUGCUUUUACAAAUUGGGUUUUUACCUUAUCAGUUUCUUCUAUUAUCUAUACCGGAUGAUCUUGGCUUUGAUCGCCGAUACGGAAUAG